CAGUCACAGCCACUCAGCGCUGCCAGGAAGCUGUUCAGAGGCGAGAUUCAGACAGGAUCCCCGCUUCCACUCUGCAGUCUACUUGUUGAUUCACUCCAGAAGUGCUGCGAGAGGCAGACAGAGACUUCUUGGCGCUGUUAUUUUUUUAUUUUUAUUAUCGUUGUUAUUUUUUUUAUUUUUUUUGUAUUGGCAUUGUGUUUUCCAUCAUGUCUGAGCGCGGCUGAUGAUGCAUCGCUCGACUCCAGGCAGAGCGAAGGAGCGUGUGGCAGGAUUAACAAGUUGUAGCGCUCCUGCAAACGAAACGAUGCUGAUUUCGCUUCAUGAGGUGAAUCGUCACAUGAAGAAGACGCCACAAGAAACGAAGCGGGGUCCUGAUGCGGUCAUCUCCAGGAUCAUGUCUCCCUAAUCUCCCAAACUGCGUCUUCCAGGCUCUCCAAGUGUCCAACUGAGCUGAGCGAAGAUGAUCAAAACCGGCUCCCGGUUGACCACCACGCUGCCUCCGGACACCAUAGACAUCAUCCGGACCAAGACACACUCCCGUCGGGUGAGACUCAAUGUCGGGGGACUUCUCCACGAAGUCCUCUGGAGGACCCUGGACAGGCUGCCCCGCACACGGCUUGGCAAGCUGCGGGACUGCAACACGCACGAGUCCCUCAUGGAGAUAUGUGACGACUACAGCCUGGACAACAACGAGUAUUUUUUCGACCGGCACCCUGGCGCCUUCACCUCCAUCCUGAACUUCUACCGCACCGGGAAGCUGCACAUGAUGGAGGAGAUGUGCGCCCUCUCUUUCAGCCAGGAGCUGGACUUUUGGGGCAUCGACGAGAUCUACCUGGAGUCCUGCUGCCAGGCCCGGUAUCACCAGAAGAAGGAGCAGAUGAACGAGGAGCUGAAGAGGGAGGCCGAGAACAUGAGGGAGCGGGACGGAGAGGAGUUCACCACCACAUGCUGCUCUGAGAAGAGGAAGAAGCUCUGGGACCUGUUGGAGAAGCCCAGCUCAUCGUUUGCUGCUAAGAUCCUCGCAAUCAUCUCCAUCCUCUUCAUUGUGCUGUCCACCAUUGCCUUGUCUCUGAACACCCUCCCAGAGCUGCAGGACACCGACGAGUUUGGCCAGCCCACGGACAACCCACAGCUAGCUCAUGUGGAAGCUGUUUGUAUUGCCUGGUUCACCAUGGAGUACCUGCUCCGCUUCCUCUCCUCUCCAAACAAAUGGAAGUUCUUCAAAGGUCCCCUCAACAUCAUCGACCUGCUGGCCAUCCUGCCCUAUUACGUCACCAUCUUCCUGACAGAGUCCAACAAGAGCGUGCUGCAGUUCCAAAACGUUCGCCGUGUGGUUCAGAUAUUCCGGAUCAUGCGGAUCUUGCGAAUCCUGAAGCUGGCCCGUCACUCCACAGGCCUUCAGUCUUUGGGCUUCACUCUCAGGAGGAGCUACAAUGAGCUCGGCCUGCUUAUCCUCUUUCUUGCCAUGGGCAUCAUGAUCUUCUCAAGUCUGGUGUUCUUUGCUGAGAAGGAUGAAGAGGACACCAAGUUUAAAAGCAUCCCUGCCUCCUUCUGGUGGGCUACCAUCACUAUGACCACAGUAGGUUAUGGAGACAUUUACCCAAAAACCCUGCUGGGAAAGAUAGUUGGAGGUUUGUGUUGCAUUGCAGGGGUCUUGGUGAUAGCCUUACCCAUUCCUAUUAUUGUAAAUAACUUCUCUGAGUUUUACAAAGAGCAGAAGAGGCAGGAGAAAGCCAUAAAAAGGAGAGAGGCUCUGGAGAGGGCUAAGAGAAAUGGUAGCAUUGUCUCGAUGAACAUUAAGGAUGCCUUUGGCCGUAGCGUGGAACUCAUGGAUGUCAUGGUGGAAAAAACUGAUGAGAGGAAGGAGAAGCUCCAUGACAAUCACGUGUCACCACACAGAGGAACACCCAGGAUCAAGUCACCGCUGAACCCCAGUAGUCCCAGUAAGACUAUUGAGUCCAGCUUCCAAGAAAAGGCAAAACCAGCCAGCAGUCCUCAGCAUCUCAGCGCACAGAAACUUGAGGAAACAUACAACAACAUGACAAAAGCACAGUCACAACCAAACGUCAACAGCAAGGAAAAAGCGUCACAUUCGAAGUCAGCCAGGCAGAAAGCUGAAUUUGAGAUGGGAAGCAUCCUCCCUGAGGCCGUGUCAGGCACAGCGGAGGGCGUUACAGACAUGAAGAGUAUUUCCAGCAUCGAUAGCUUCAUCAGCUGCGUACCUGACUUUCCUGAGAGCUCCAGAUUUUCGCACAGCUCUGGGAGCAACAUGCCUGGAAGGGUCAGUACUAACCCCAGUCUGGAGCCCACCCUGGAGAAUGAGCAUGAGGGAUUGCAUGGCGCCACCAGCCCCAAGUCAGGCAAAAGCACCAAGCUCAACAACGACAACCCAAGAGCUCUGUCAUUAAACAACCCAAUAAAGGGGCGUUCACUUAAAGUUAGAGUCAGAGGCGGGGAGGACUCAGGGAAAGGAGGUCUCUCUGACAGCUCAUCGAUCCAAAGCCCAGAAACAUCUGUCUACACCACUGCCAGCAGCAGGACGCCCAGCAAGAGCCCAGAGAACUUACGGCCGAGCAUCUUCACAUUCCACGACUCGUCUGUCAGUAAGUUCAUUGACGCCGACACGGACGAGGAGGAACACCUGCACGACAGUUCGGCAGCCAACGUGACCCAAAGACUUUUGGAGAGAGCCAGCCCCACGUUUGCUCAGCUUCAACAGGGUCCCAACCACAUGGAGGGCCUCUCCAAGAAGCUGGGGAACAGCACCCUGCCGCUGGAAGGACAGGAAAACCACAUUUCACCAGAGCUGCGGCCGCUUCAGGGGGAGAAGCGUCAGUAUAACUUUUAGAGUCAAUUAAAAGGAAUGGCUUGCACAGAGAAUACAAAGAAGAUGAAAAUAUAAGGGAUUGCUAAUGAAGAGCUCAGAGACUUGUCUGGGAACAAUUUGCAGGAAAACUGAAAGAAAAAAGGCUUUUCCUACAAAAUUACAACACCUGUGGAUCACUGGAAAUAGUGUUGUUAUCUUCUCUAAAACGUUCCAGAUGAAAACAUUCAAACACGCCCUCAGAGUGGAAGAAAAGAAGGGAUUUUUUGCUAUUUAUACAAGCCCAGAUUAUAAUGCCAUCAUUAGACUAGCUGCAGGAGUCUAGUCUAACCUGUUUUAUAACCUGUUUUCUGAGAGCCCUGGAUAAAAUGCUAAAGUCACUGCAGCUAAAGCUGUCAAAUCAUCGUGAAACAUAAAGGGCAUCAAAACAAGGCACAAUAAGAGGAGAUAUUUUAAAAUCCUCAAUUGCAGUAUGAAAGGAAGACAUACAUCUUCUCUCCCUACAGUGUAUAUUUAUAUACAUUGUAUGUUUCAAAGGCAGAGGGUUGAGAACAUGUUCUUGCUUCCUACAACUUCCUUUAAAACUGGCCUUAGUUCAUGUUGUCCUGUGUUUUACGUUUUGAUAUUGAGGAGGAAAGCCUGAGGCAGGCUAAAAGAUAGCACAUAAGUAUCUCUGUGCGUGUGUGUGCAAUAACUACCUUUCACUUAUAUUUAUUAUGUAGCAAUAGUCAUCUUUCAUCCUAUGUCAAAUCUUCAGCAGAAUGAAGUGUUUCGGUCUGUUUCUUUCAAACAGCUCAGUGUCUCUCCUGGGUUGGCAUUUUUACUGCACAGAUUACACAUAAGCUGUGAGGUCACAUCCAUCCUCGUCAAUCAUUGGUGGGAAAAGGGAAAAUAUCAUUUUGGAAAAUGUUGCACUCUUGUUUUUCUUGUUAUAAUCAGUGGCGGUUUAGGAUAUGGGAAAUAUGGCUUCCCGAAUGAUGCAUCUCAAGGGGGCGCCACAGAGCAGAAAAUAAAAAGUUAUUUGUCGGUGGUGAAAACAGGUUUUAUUUGGCUCAUUUGGGCACCGGUGGCUCCCUGUGGUGUGCAGGGUGCAAGCAUUGUAAGAAAAUAUUGUUGUACAUUAUUAUGAUGCUAAAGUUGGUGUCUGAGUCUUAGCUCAAAACUCUGGACCGCCUUGGACCAUCUCCGGUGUAAAUUAUUAGAAUAUUUACCCUUAUGUGGAUCAGUCUUCACUGAACAAAUUUCUAAACAUAUAAUUUCAGAUUUAUGAUGCACUUAUAGCUACUAUUUUGUUUUUGUUAAAAAAAAAAAAAGAAGUUACAAACACAGCACCGGGAAGAGGUAACAUUGCUUUAACAGGAAACAUAAGAAUAAAACACAGAACAGAACCUGGAGUGUUCAUAACAAACAUAACAAACAGCAAUGCUUUUUAGAAUUAGGAUCACAUUAAGCUAAAAUAAGCAUAAAAAUCAAAAGAUAAAAUCUUGUCAAACAUGUAGCAGCUUAUGUUAAAUUGAUUCCAGAUGCUCCGUUUUUACCAUAUGGUGACCUGAUUUUACCUUGAUUUUUACCAAGAUUUUGCCUUGGUGACCUGAUGCAUUUCUUCCUGAAUGGGACUCAGAGGAAUGGGUGUGUGGUUGGCUGUCAGUAGGGAGGCAGAAGGAGCAGCUCCCCAAGAACCGCCACUGAUUAUAACCUGAUUAUAACACUGAUUAUAACCUGAUUAUAACACUGAUUAUAACCUUUAUUCUAAAUGUCUGAGUGUGUCCUCAAGUUUGGGUUACAUUUGUCCAUCAGAGUCUUUUUUAAUUUAAGCUUCAAGCAGUUGUAGCGGAUGAGCUGAACUUUGCAUUGAGCGACAGGAGACAACAGAGAAAAAAAUCUGUUUUGUAUGAGUGUAAAUAUUGUACGUGCAUCCGUGCAAAGCCAGACUCUACAACGACAUUACGCAUCACCUGUACAAAAUUUUAAAAAGUAAUUUAUAUUUUUAAGAUAUUUUCUAAAACAACUGACAUGUUGUGGUAACCUCAUAGUUAUGCAUUUGAAAGCACUGUAUGUGCUCUAUUUCUUUGAAGGAGUUGCUUCUCUUAGACAACAUUCUGCAGCAGAAAGAUUUAUAUUUGCUACCGUCUCUCUGUACAUGCUUGUUGCAGUCUUUCUGUGCAAUGUAAAGAACCAAAGAAUUGUUCUUUCUGAUGACAUAUACAGACGGUUGUGCAUCCUGAUGUUUUAUCUCAAAAUGUUGGAGCAUUCCUUUUAAAAACCACAUAAUAGGAGUCAUUUCAGGGAGCCGUAUUUGCUCAUGCAGGGCAAAUACAUAAGCAGGAGGAUAUUCUGGAGUUCUAACAAAACAGCUUUGAAAGAUAAGUUUCAUUUUAUGUUUCUUGGCAGAUUAAUCACUUUCACAAGUUAAAGUGAUCUGUAUUGCCUGCACUUAGACACCAAAUGUUCUGCAUUUUGCUCUUUUCUUAAUGCACCCGAUGACACCAAACUUGGUGCUCUCACACUAACUUAAUUUAAAACAUAUAAACUUUAUGAUAUAUGUCUUGCAAGCAUGAAUUAAAGGAACUUUUUGCAGGAAACAUAUAUUAUAGUGGACCUAUUUAAUGUAGAUGGUUUUCAUUAGAGAUACAAGUGCCAGCCGCGUUCACUGGAAAACCUGGUAAAGAUGUGUGAAAGCCUUUAACAUUCAGCUAAUAUUGCAGUAGCAUAUUAUCAUGCUAAUAAAAGCUACUUUAAUUUGAGGGCAUUUAUUCAGCACAGAAAAACAUCAUCUACUUUAAAACCCUCUUUUUCACUUUUUCUAUUUCGGUAAUAUUUUAACAUUUGGGAGAAUUUGCAGAGUAUUUUUAAAACAUCCAUCCAAGUCCUCUAGCCUCCCUUAUGCUCUCUGGAAUGGCUUUUUUUUCUAUUUGUUUAACUAUUUUGUGCUAAUCUAAUCACAUGUUUUGACUCACUAUCAUGCUGAAAGAGCCAGUUGCAACCUAUUUUCAGUUUUUCUGGCAGAGAAAAUCACCCUGGUAUCACAGAACCACUGAAACAGCAGAUCUGAAGUGAUUUAGAUUCAGAUUUUGCAGUGGUGUAAGGUUUAAAUGUGUGUGCAGGACAACAGCAGCUGCAGAAAAGAGGAAGUGAACCUGCCGCAGAGGCCAUGUGGGGGAUGGCUCCCAUAAAUGCUCUAACUUUAACACUGACUAUAGAUCUAAAAUUCUUAUAAUGUUACAUUUUUAGCAAAGAAAAACUAUAUCUAAUCAUGAUCUGAUACAAGGUUUGUUAUUUUCUUUGUGUUUGAGCUUAGUUUCUUCAUAAAUACAUUUCUGCAAAUAAUAACCAAUUAUUCCUGUUGCUUUAAAGUUCAGCAAAUGAAACUUGACCUCCUCUCCCAGAUUCUUCUACACUUUUAUUGCAAUGCCGGUAGCAGUGGUGAUGUUCUUAACACAAAGAGGGCCGCCAAAUCAAAUUCUGCUUUAUGACCUGUACAACCAGCCAUGGUUCAAUUUCUCCAAAAUUGUCAGUGUGAGAUUUUGCUGCAGGGAAAAAAAUAUGAAUUUAUUCUCAGACUUUUUUCACAUCUUCACCAGGAGUGCCAACAAAUCUGUCUGGCACUGUAGUACAAGUUAGAUAUUUCUGUGCCUUUGCUUUUAAUAAAAUCCUGCAUUCUGAAUCUGCCCUAAUGGAGCCUGAAUAAAGAGCAAAUAAACACAAAAAGGACAGAGUACUCAUCCUGUGGAGCUUUUAUGCUUGUUUCUGUUUUUAAACUCUAAUGUCUCUCUCAUGCACCAAACAUUUGGAUGGAAAAAGUCCAGAAACACAAGCAGGUGCAGACUCACUCUCAGCAGACUGAACGGUUUCCAUGGUGAGGGGCUGAGAUGACUGGAUGGCUCACAUUUGAUGCACGCAUGUAGCCUAAUUUACAGAGGAUGGUUACAGACUUUCUCUUAAUCAGUUCCUUUAUUCAUCUCAGUUCAGGGAUUUUCAGUUCAGGGGAAAAAGAAGAAAACUGGAUUGUGGGUCUUUCAGUCAAACUGCCAGAUCAUCGCUUUAUGUCACUCGGUUGCUUUCGCGGAGACACGCACCCGUCUCUGCAAAUCACAAAAGAGCAGACGGAGCGUGGCCACAUGGACCUGGGUGUGAGCCGCUGUUUCAGGGAUGUUGAUGAAGACUUCAGCCACCUUGUUCCUGAAGGGAGGGAGUGAGUGUGAAAUGUGAACAGAGUGGGAACAAGGAGUGUGCGACAGACGGACUGUGCUUCAGAGUUAUCAGCUUGAUUUAAACUGACAUCCUGAAUGAUGGCUGGAGCACUCUGCUUCCCAAAGUCAUGGGUAACUUCUGCUUUGAAAAAGACUAAAAGGACUCGCCGUAGCUUUUCACCUUUUGUCUCAUGACAAACACAAACAAUGUAUUUUACUGGGAUUCUAUGCGAAUCUUAAAGCGCAUAAGUGUGAAGUGGACAGCAAGUUAUGCAUUUUUAAAGUUUUUGCCUGUGUUUACCUUCCAUCUUUACUCCUUAAAUAAAAUACAAUGCAACAAAUAACCUACACAUUCACCUAAUCAGUAAAUCGAGUCCAGCUGUGUGUAAUGUAAUCCUAGUAUAAACUACAUACUGUAUAUUAUGUGAAGGCCUCAGAGGUUUGUUAGAAAAAAAAAAAGUGAACAAACAGCAUAAUGAUGACCCCAAAAAAAUGAUGGUGAAAUAGUUUAAACCAAGAUUAGGUUAAAGUAAUAUCCUGAGCUUUGAACGUCACACAGACCUCUGUUAAAUCCAGAUGUAUGGAGACAUGGCCUUCCACCUGAACUGACAGAAUUACAUAAAGAGCCAAGCGGACCAUGGGAACUCGGAUCAAAGUCUUGAUGGAAUUAAACCAUAAAAAGUUCCAUUUAAAAUUUCACCUAUGUUGACGCCACAGGAAACAUCUGGAAGAAGGUGUUCUGGUCGAAUAAUCCAAAAAUCAAACAGAGCAGUAUUUGUUCCAGAGGACUAACGUUGCACAUCACAUCUGCAGAAAAACCUGUUGAAGGAAGUAAAAGAUUUGACAAUGAGAUGGAGGUUCACCUUCUAGCACAAAAACGUCCAGCCAGAGAUAAAGUAUGAUUGUUUAUAUCAAAUUAUUCAUGUGUUAGAGUAGCCCGGUUCUGUCAAAUUGAAAUGAGAAUCUGAAAACUGAUCUUCACAGAUGUUCUCCAUCCAGUUUUCAUCAGGCUUCAGCUUGUGGCUUUAAUUGCAGUGAAAUGGUUCUUCUAAAAGCAUCUAAAGCAUUUUUUUUAAUCCACAUAUAAUUUUCCUUCCACUUCACAAGUAUGCACCAUUUUGUGUGGAAUAUGUUUGUGGCUGUAAUGUGAUAAAUUGUGUAAGAGUUUUAAGAGUUGUGAAUUCUUUAAAAUUGCAAGGUGCACUAACUUUUACCGAGCGCUGCUUGUGCUUGACAACGAUGCAAUCUUAAAAACAAAAUGAGCUCCAUCAGAGCCAGGUCCCGAGCAAGGCUCUCAUGGAUUUGUGUGUGAGUCCUAGUUCUGUUUUGUUUUGUUUUCCCAUCAUGAUGGUGCAAAGACAGGCUGCGGCAUCCUUUUGAGCAUGAGUUCGCAUCUCUAAUUCUAUAAAUAUCCCCCUGUCUACGCACAGGGUUUGGUCCUUCAGGAAGGGCUUGGUUACAGCAGCGUUGUCAUGCAUUUCAGAAGAACACAUUUUGUAACAAAAUACUCCAGAAAAGGAUGGAUAAAAAAAAACAGUGGAGCUUACUGGGAACUGCGGAGUCACUGGUGUGUGUGGACUUUUUUCUUUUGUUUUUUUGUCAGUCCAGCCUUUAGCGAUGCAUGGUAAUGGAAUAAAAAUGUCAAACUGACAAAUGGUUGUAUGACCUACUCUACAAGAGGUGUUGGAGACAAAAGAGAGAAGUAGAUAGAAAACGGGGAGGGUGUGCAACAUGCUGAAGGAUCAGGGUUCAUUAGCAUUCAUCACAGUCAGACAUGCAGUAAAUGACAAAUCUCUAAAAACGAGCCUCUAAUUGUCGCCAAAUCUCUUGCAAAAUAAGCCAUAGUAAAUUUAGCAGAUGCGGCUCCUUUCUGUGUUGAGUGAAUGGUAACUAUUUUCUCAUAGCUUUUUGUAUUUUCUGAACUGCACUUUGUUGAAUUGUCUGAAGGAAGUCCUCUGUUGUCUUGUAUUAAUUGAAAUAUUGAUAUAAAACACAUUUUGGUUUUAACUACUGUCUAAUAACACACACACACACAAAUCUGGAAAUAAAAGACUUCAAAGAACCAAUGUUGUCACAUUCAAAAACAGAAAUUAUUCUUCAAUCAUCCCGCUCCUUCAGGGAAACAGUCUUCUUGAAGCUCUGUGUGCUGCCCUCAUGGUGUGAUUGAGAGAAAAUGUUUGUUUUGUAAAAGUUUCAGACUUUGUACUUGUUGAGUUUGUAGAAGAAUAUGUUUUUUGCUUUCCCUGUUUUCUUCAACACAUGUAGCGCUAAAUGACACAAACAACAUGUAAAUAUCAUCAGAAAAGCUGUAGGAAAACGAUUUUCAAGCCUAUUUCUUCUUUUACCGACUGAUGCUUAAUAAAAGACGAUAAACUA